GCCAGAGGCAUGCGGCUGCCCCGCUUCUCCAGCACUGUAGUGCUCCCACUCCUGAUAGCACAGACCUGCAUCCUGGUCUUCCUGGUCUCACGUCAGCUGCCAUCGUCUACAGUGGGCCGUGGGGAGCAUGUGCACGUGCUGGUGCUGUCCUCGUGGCGCUCGGGCUCGUCUUUCGUGGGCCAGCUUUUCAGCCAACAUCCAGAUGUCUUCUACCUGAUGGAGCCAGCUUGGCAUGUGUGGAAUGCCCUGUCUCAGAGUAGUGCCCCUGCGCUCCACAUGGCCGUGCGUGACCUGGUCCGUUCAGUGUUCCUCUGUGACAUGGACGUGUUUGAUGCCUACCUGCCUUGGCGCCGCAACAUCUCAGAUCUCUUCCAGUGGGCGGUGAGCCGGGCGUUGUGCUCACCUCCUGUCUGCAACGCCUUCGCUCCCGGCAACAUCAGCAGCGAGGAGGUGUGCAAGCCUCUGUGCGCAACGCAGCCCUUCAGCCUGGCCCAGGAAGCCUGCAGCUCCUACAGCCAUGUAGUGCUUAAGGAGGUGCGCUUCUUUAACCUGCAGGUGCUCUACCCCCUGCUCAGAGACCCAGCGCUCAACCUGCGCAUCGUGCACCUAGUGCGAGACCCGAGGGCCGUGCUGCGCUCCAGGGAGCAGACAGCCAAGGCGCUAGCGCGGGACAAUGGCAUCCUCCUGGGUACCAACGGCACGUGGGUGGAGGCGGACCCCAGGCUGCGCGUGGUAAGUGAGGUGUGCCGGAGCCACGUGCGCAUCGCAGAGGCCGCAUUGCGCAAGCCGCCACCCUUCCUGCAAGAUCGCUACCGCCUGGUGCGCUAUGAGGAUCUAGCUCGGGACCCGCUCAAUGAGAUCCGUGAACUCUAUGCCUUCACCGGCCUGAGCCUUACGCCGCAGCUCCAGACUUGGAUCCACAAUAUCACACACGGCUCUGGGUCAGGCUCCCGCCGUGAAGCCUUCAAGACAACAUCCAGAGAUGCGCUCAGUGUGUCCCAGGCAUGGCGCCUCACGCUGCCCUUUGCCAAGAUUCAGCGGGUCCAGGAGUUGUGCGCUGGAGCACUGCAGCUGCUGGGUUACCGGCCUGUGCACUCUGAGCUUGAGCAGCGGGACCUUUCCGUGGACCUUCUGCAACCAAGAGGCAUGGACAGUUUCAAGUGGGCUUCGUCCACCAAUACGCAGCAGGAAUCUUAAGAGUUUUAGUGGGGAGUCCCAGCUCUGACAUUAGGGUCUAGCAGAAUAUGAUAAAGGGCUUGGAGAACCCCAAAUCAAGUCUGCUAACAGCGGCUGGGACUAAGCCGCCUUGCCCUGUACUAGGAAAAGGUUGAGUCUAAAUUCCACGUUUCUUUCUCCUCAGAUUAUGAUUUUCCUAUGAGUCCUUUAGGAUUCGGUUUCCUCCAUCAAGUACUGUCUUAUGGGCAAAUGAAACCCCUGCCCGCGUCCACUUGGUCCCAGAGGCAGCCAGA